AUGAGUACUGUGUUUGGUUCAUUCUGCACUAUCAAAACUCCUAUUCCUCACCUUCUACUCAUGGUUCUGAAAACCGGACCGGACCGGCCGGUUCAACCGGAAAAACCGGGAACCGGUCACCUAACCGGUCCGGGUAACACUAAUAACCGCUUGGCAAAAAACCGUGACCUCCAUGCAGCAGCAUACUUUUUGAAUCCAGAUUACUUCUAUAGUGAGGGGUUUGUUGAGAAGGCAAAUAUCUUGAGGUCUUUGCUUGAUUUAUUUGAUAUUGAAACUCUUUGCGAUGACUCGGUUGCGGCAAUGCAAGAGAUACAGUUGUAUCGAGAUCGAAAAGGAAGUUUUGGAAGGGAAAGUGCAUUGAAAGCAAUUAAGAGACUUGAACCUGGUGAAUGGUGGAGGCUACAUGGUGGGAGUGCUCCUAACUUGCAAAAAAUGGCAAUUCGUCUUCUUCAUCAAACAUCUUCAUCAUCCGGCUGCGAGAGGAACUGGAGCCUCUUUGAACAAAUCCAUUCAAAGAAGAGGAACCGAUUAGAGCAUCAAAGGCUAAGUGACAUUGUUUAUGUCACUUAUAAUCUACGCCUUCAAUCUAGAAUGCAUCGCAAGAAGAAGAAUUAUGAUCCAAUUGACAUUCAAAGCAUUGACACAGUAGAUUUUUGGGUAAUGCCGGAUGAAGGUGAUCCUGAAUUUACUAAUGGAGACAUCGAAGGCAUUGAAAAUUUAAUUUAUACGGAUAAUGCUAUGCCUUCAUAUCCUACAGAUGGAGGUGAUGUGGAACUUGAUGUGGAUUUCCCUAAUGUUGCUAAUUCUUCAAAUACAGCUUCUUUUGGUGGUACUUCUGAUGAUGGUGGCUUUGGAUUACCUGUUUAUGAUGGAGAUGUUGGAACACUUAAUGAUAAUUAUGAUUUUUGA